AACCCAAACCCAAAAACAAAAAAAAGUGAAAUAAAAAAUGGAUCUGGAACCCUCUUCCCCACACACCCGGCCUUCUCCCUGCCCUGCACCGAACCUGCGCACCAGCUCCCGCACCAGAUCCCCUCACCCCAGCGCCCUGAGCCCGCGCCCCGCGCACCAGCACCCCUGCCCAGCGCCCCUGCUCUGCAUCCUCACCCGAGCCCGGCUUGCUGCCUACACCCCUAACCUGCGCCUGCCCUACACCGCGCCCUACCCCCCUAUCACCGAACUAGCCAUCAUCACACCCUCGAACGCCUGCAACCUGCCCUGCACCCAGCCGACUCCGCCUCCCUUCUCCUGCACCCGUCGGGCCUACAACAGCCUACGCCCCCCCCUCUGCGCCGCCCCUCUUCUGCAACCGGAUCCUGCACCCCACGUUGCAGCCAACUGAGCAUGAUGGUAGACCAGCGUCCUUUAGGGUUUCCUUUGAUUUUUGUAUAAAUAGGUGGUUUUAGGAUAGCUAAGGUCUGGUUUUUUGGGGUGGUUGGUUGAUUUUGGGUCUGUUUUGUUGGGGAGUUUCGGCUGAGCUUCGAGAGCAAUAGAAGGGGAUUUCUUCUGGUAUUGAGGCCGAGGUCUUUUGUUAUGUGGUUCUGGUGUUGACGGCGGGGAGGUCUUUGUUUUUUUCGGUGACUUGGGUGUUGACGGCGGAGAAAAGGAAAAUUUGUUCUGCUGGAAGAAUUGAGUCUGCUUUGUGUAGGUAAUUUCUUUGAACAGAGGAGUUUUCUGGGAACGGUGGUGAAGGGGACGAUGGGAGCCUGGUCCCGUGGGUGGGAUCCCUCCCAUCAGAUCUGGAUCUGCUUUUCCUAGAAGAAUUCCGCCGUGGGUGUUGCUUUAUUUGUUGAUUUCUUUCUCUUUGUAUUUUUCAUUUAAUGUUCAAGAUCGUAUGUGUAUGUAUUUCUUGAGAAAUGAAUGAAAGAUCAUAUAUUUGCCUGUUUGCCUGAUGAAUCUGUGAAUCUGUGGAUCUUUUGCUGGAAAUGAGAUGUAUU